UCAGAGAGAGAAAGAGAGACAGAGAGGGGGGUUUGUACAUGUAACAGGCUUUUGGGUCCGGCGUGGCGUGAUGUAACAUUAAUCUCAAGGUAUUGCUUGAAAUGUGAACAAAACAUAUUGACAUGCGGGCAACAAGGCGUGGGUUUUCGAUUCUCUUAGCGUCAACGAGAAGGGAGAGGCAUCGCAGAAGGUAGAAGGAACGCGUUCUCUAACACCCCCGCUCGCCCCUGCUGUAAUUUCAAAUCGAUGUCCUUUGAAAAUUUCCACCAAGAUGCAAUCGUGGCGUUUGUAUGAUGAGCUGUCCCACUAUGGGAUGGAUGGGGUGCCUAUGCCCAGUUAUGGAGACACACACACAUCCCGCAACCUGGCACAUCACUUGGGUCACGGCCCCGGCAUCCACGCACAACACUACCCGCCGGCAGGGACCGCUCACCGGGCGACGUUGCCAUCAAGCCUCGGUAACAGCAUCAACGACACACUCAAGCGGGAGAAGGAUGCAAUCUACGGGCACCCAUUAUUCCCUCUCCUCGCUCUCGUCUUCGAGAAGUGCGAGCUGGCGACAUGCACACCCCGGGAUUGUGGCGUGGCCGGCGGAGACGUCUGCUCUUCCGAUUCCUUCAACGAAGACAUCGCCGUGUUCGCUAAACAGAUCCGAACAGAAAAACCUCUAUUCUCUUCCAACCCCGAGCUGGAUAAUUUGAUGAUUCAGGCAAUACAGGUGCUGAGGUUUCAUCUGCUGGAGUUAGAAAAGGUGCAUGAACUGUGCGAUAACUUUUGCCAUCGGUACAUCAGCUGCUUAAAGGGGAAGAUGCCCAUCGACUUGGUGAUCGAUGACCGUGAUGGCGGCUCUAAGUCCGACCUGGAAGACUUCACCGGAUCCUGCACCAGCCUCUCCGAUCAGAACCACUGGAGCCGGGACCACGACGACACGGGCUCCACGCACUCAGGGACCCCCGGCCCCUCCAGCGGCGGCCUGGCCUCACACAGCGGCGACAACUGCAGCGAGCAAGGGGAUGCGCUGGACAACAGCAUGGCCUCGCCCGGGACCGGAGACGAUGAUGAACUCGACAAGGACAAGAGACGGCAGAAGAAGAGAGGCAUCUUCCCUAAAGUCGCCACCAACAUCAUGCGGGCAUGGCUCUUCCAGCACCUCACGCAUCCGUACCCCUCGGAAAGCAGAAGAAAACAGUUGGCGCAGGACACAGGGCUGACAAUCCUACAGGUCAACAACUGGUUCAUCAACGCAAGGCGUCGCAUAGUACAGCCCAUGAUCGACCAGUCGAAUCGAACAGGUCAGGGCGCACCCUACAGUCCCGACGGGCAGCCAAUGGCCGGCUUUGUAAUGGACGGGCAGCAACAUAUGGGCAUCCGGCCCCCAGGGCCAAUGGGUGGAAUGGGCAUGAAUAUGGGCAUGGAGGGGCAGUGGCACUACAUGUAGUCCUCACCACUGUCACCCACUCGCCAAGCAAAGGGGAAGUUUGCCGGGAAUGCCGGGGGAGUUCGUAUCUCCGGGAGGAGCGGUGGGGAUGGGCAUCGCACAGCCGGGGGGGUACCCGCCGCCCCCCCCGAUGUCGCCGCACCCGGCCCAGCUGAGACACGGACCCUCGCUGCACUCC